AUGGCUCGUCAUGCUCCUCCUUUUGCUCGCCAUUUUCCUCAAUGUGUCCAUCGUGCUCGUUGUGUCGAUAUACCUGUCCAAACGUCGCCCAAAAGCGUGCAUGUUCGAAACGAAGAAAUUGAUAGAUGGGAUCAUCCUGUGGACGAUCUGUGCGUAUCUCUUAAUGCUGUCAACACUCAGAAUACUGAUGCGCGAAAAGCUACCUGCAUGAUUGGUUUGAUACCGCACAUAAUAUCUCUUGUCAUGUUCGUAACGAUGAAGGGAACACUGGUAUGGAUGUGUCGUACCAAUCACAACCAAGGUCUUCGCGAAUUGUCUGCUAUCCGCGUUGAACAACCGGCUGACAGACCUGAAUGA